AUGCAGACUGCCUCUACAAAUAUUUGUGAAAGAAUGGGUCGUUCUCAGGAACUUAACAAAUUCAAGUGUGGUACCGUGAUAGGUUGCCACCUGUGCAAUAAGUCCAUCCAUGAAAUUUCCUUGUUUUUAAAUAUUCCACAGUCAACUGUUAGUGGUAUUAUAACGAAGUGGAAGUAACUGGGAACAACAGCAACUCAGCCACGAAGUGAGCAGGGUCAGCACAUGCUGAAGCGCUCAGUAUGAAGAAGUCGCCAACUGUCUGCAGAAUCAAUAACUAAAAACCUCAAAACUUCGUGUGGCCUUCAGAUUAGCACAAAACCAGCACAUAGGAGAACUUCAUUGAAUUGAUUUCCAUGGC